AUGCAAUUCACCAAGUUCGUCGCCGUCGCCUUCUUCGGUACCGCCUUUGCCCUCCCUCAGGCAGCACCUACUGAUUGCCCUGCGACAUCCGCUAUCCCCACCUGUGGUGCACCUUGCAUCACCUCUGCUGCCGCUGCAGCCGGAUGUACGGACAUUCCUUGCCAAUGUGCUAGCUCCGAUAUCAUCCAAGCUUCAGCUAUCGAUUGUGUUGUUGGAAACUGUGGAUUUUUGGAGGCACUCCAAGUUCAGGCCUCUGCUGCUGCUGUUUGCACUGCUUGUGCUUAG